UCCUUCUUUCGCCGGUUUGUUCGAGUUCAAUGGGCGGAGGCGGCUGGGUUAUUUUGGAGGAAAAAAAAAAACUUGUAGGACGAACUGAAGUCCAGGACAGCAAAUAAAUCGAGACUCCGGUGCAGAGGUACGCCGGGGAGCCACCACACAAACACACAAGUAACGAUGAUUCGGUGUGGGAGUCGGAAAGCCAUUUCUGCCACAUCGCUGCUGACAAGAAGCGAAAGCAAGAGUGCACAGAGCCUUUUAAACACCAUCCGACGCAAUCGCAGCUCCUACGAUGUGGCGGUGGUGGGGGGGGGCAUCGUGGGCCUGGCCACGGCCCGGGAGCUCAUCCUGAGACACCCCUCGCUGAGCUUCAUCGUCCUGGAGAAGGAGAAGGAGCUGGCGGUGCAUCAGAGCGGUCACAACAGCGGGGUGAUCCACAGCGGGAUCUACUACACGCCAGGGUCUCUGAAAGCGAGGCUGUGUGUGCGCGGCGCCACGCUGGCUUACCAGUACUGCGAGACGAAGGGCAUCCCGUACCAGCGCUGUGGGAAGCUCAUCGUCGCUGUGGAGCAGGAGGAGAUUCCUCGGCUCAAGGCGCUAUAUGAGCGCGGCCUGCAGAACAACGUCCGCGACCUCAGGAUGAUCGACGCCAAGGAGAUCCGCGAGAGAGAGCCCUACUGCCGGGGUCUGAUGGCGCUCGACUCCCCCUACACCGGCAUCGUGGACUGGCGGCUGGUGGCCCACACCUAUGGCAAGGAGUUCCAGGAGGUGGGCGGGGCCGUCGUCAUGGAAUUCGAGGUUGCGGAUAUCAGGAUGGCGUCAGAGAGCCCCGAGGGCACAGCAGACGGAAUGAAGUAUCCUAUAUCAAUCAAAAGCUCAAAGGGGGAGGAGGUGCGCUGCCGCUAUGUGCUCACCUGCGGAGGGCUCUACUCAGACCGGCUCUCCCAGAUCUCUGGCUGCAGCUCCGAGCCUCGUAUCGUCCCCUUCAGAGGAGACUACCUGGUGCUGAAGCCUGAGAAGCACUACCUCGUCAAAGGCAAUAUCUACCCUGUCCCGGACCCUCGGUUCCCCUUCCUCGGGGUUCACUUCACCCCCCGGAUGGACGGCAGCGUCUGGCUGGGACCCAACGCCGUGUUGGCCUUCAAACGGGAGGGCUACAGACUGUACGACUUCAACAUGCGGGACUUCGGAGACGCGCUCAGCUUCAGGGGUCUGCGGAAGCUGGUCUUCAGGAACCUCGUCUAUGGAGUGGGUGAGAUGUACAGAGGGAUCUUCAUCAGCGCUCAGGUGAAGCUGCUGCAGAGAUACAUCCCGGAGCUGUCCAUCAACGAUGUGCUCAGGGGCCCGGCGGGGGUGCGUGCGCAGGCUCUGGAUCGCGAUGGGAACCUGGUGGAUGAUUUCGUGUUCGACGGGGGGGUGGGUGCCAUCGGGAGCCGGGUCCUUCACGUGAGGAACGCACCCUCGCCCGCCGCCACCUCCUCCCUCGCCAUCGGAGAGAUGAUCGCCGACGAGGUGGAGAGCAGGUUCCAGCUGUAGAGACCCAGCCCGGGCUCUACAGUGGGUCUGUCGCAAUCCCCCUCAGAACCCCCCUCCUUCACCACUGCCAUCAGCUGCACUGGAGGGGGGGCCCUACAGGGGCAGGGGGUUGUGUACAGACGGGACUACAGCUUCGGAGGACUCUGAGUCUUUAAUAAUGCAAUGGGAUGAGAGACAAAUGAUGGGGGGGGGGAAACACGCACACAUAUUUUUAAAAACAUUUUAUUUUGCGUGGUAGUACUUUGUAGAAAAGUGGGAAACAUUCUCUCCUAUUUUAAAGCAAGAAAACCUUUUCUUCUGGUAAUAAUAUUUGCUCCUGCGAGGAGCUGUCCAGGCAGCUACAGCGGAGGCACAUUGUCUUAAACAGCGGGCAGGGAUUGCUCAAACGCCCCCUGGGUCCUGAUCAUUUAAAUACUAUCUGUAGCUCUCGAACCCAGGCCUGGGUGCAUGACUUUUUUUGUUUUAAUGUUUCACAAGUAGAACAUUUGAUUUUAAAAAUGUACUGUUACAAUAGGCACAGUUGUUUUGUGUGUGUUUUAAUAAUAAUAAUAAUAAUAAUAAUAAUAAUAAUAAUUUGUGAAGCCACAUUGCCUUAUAAACUACAGUAUGCAUUAUGUUAACAUGCCUGGCAUUUACUUGCCAAAGAUCUGGCAAACACCACAUUGUAGCGCAGUGUGCAAUGAAUUAUGAGUCCAGGCUGUGUGAAGGUGCUGUGAGCCUUGCCUUUGUGAGGUACAUGCUCUGGAAAGCAGUGCAGAUCUGCCUCCUUUUCAUGUACAUGCAUUUGUGCAGUGAAUGUGUCGCUGCACCAGUGCUAGGAUUUUUCAUGUGUUUAAUCUCCUUUUUUUGUUGUUUAUUAUAAUAUGGGAGAAGAUGUAGCUUUAGAAAUGGAAUACUAGGGAAGCUCAGGUUUGGUAUAAUAGUUUUUUUUUUAAGUAUAUAUAGAUUAGAUAUUAGAGAUAUGGAUAAGACACGGUAUCCACUUUAAAAGCCGUUUUAGAAACAACCUCGGGCCUCAGUGUUUGGAUGAUAGAGGUUUGCAGUAGAGCCUGCCGUCUAGUGGCUGCAUGUAGUAAGUGCGUAGCUUCUGCAGGUGAAAUGCUGGGACACACUAAAUAGCAUUGUUUUCAAUACUUUUUAGUUUGUAUUUCGGGUGCUUUUUAAUGAGCCUGUUAAAACAAGGUCUGACAUUAACGACGUUAUUUGUACGGUGGGGCUUGGUGUCUAAUAUUGUGUUUUCAGACACACUGUCUAAGCCUCUAACCUUAUUAACCGCUCUAAACAAAGUUCACGGUUUUGUGAGUGGUCACGUGGUGUGUGUUUGUAAUGUUAAUUUUGCAAUACUUUCCGAGCUGCUAAACAGAUUGUGAUAGUAACCAAACACGCAGACAUGUAAAGAGAGUUUUAGAUUUAAAAAAAUUGUAUUUUUAUUACAUAUUUUGUCUUUUUUCUAAUAGUUUGGUAAUAAUGAGAUUGUAUACAUUUAAAUAAACGUUUUUUCCCCCCUCGG